AUGGACCUAAAAUUCGAUGGAUAUUCAAAGGAAGAAUUCAUAAAAGGAGAAUACGACGAAAGAUACGACCCUUAUGAUUUUGAUAUUCGCAACACUCACGCUGAAGACGAAGAAGACUCGCCCAUUGAAGAAGUUCGUCUAGUUGUACCAAAUACUGACGAUCCUACACUACCUGUUUUGACUUUCCGUACAUGGCUUCUCGGUAUUACGUUUAGUUGUGUUCUUGCAUUUGUCAACCAGUUCUUUUGGUACAGAGCCAACGCAAUGACCCUAUCUCCUCUCGUUGUUCAGCUGGUAUCUUUCCCUCUUGGAAAGAUCAUGGAACGUAUCAUCCCGACCUCUAGAUUCUUUAACCCCGGCCCAUUUAACAUGAAAGAGCACGUCUUGAUCACUGCCAUGGCCAAUUGCUGUUACAACACUGCUUAUGCUGUCGACAUCAUCACCAUCCAAAAGCUGUGGUAUGGCCAGGAUCUUGGCUGGGGAGGAGGAAUCCUGUUGAUCUGGACCACCCAGUUUAUUGGCUACGGAAUGGCCGGUGUCCUGCGCCCUUACCUUGUCUAUCCGUCAGCCAUGGUCUGGCCAGGUAAUCUGGCCAACAUCUCGCUCUUUCGGUCUUUCCAUCUGGCCGAUACCAACUGGAGUGGACCGUCCCGCCUCAAGUGGUUCCUCUGGGCCUUUGGUGCCAUGUUUUUCUAUUACUGGCUCCCCGGUUACUUUUUCACUGUCCUCACUGUCUUUUCUUGGGCCUGCUGGAUCAAACCCAGCAACCUGAUGCUCAGUCAGUUGACGGGUGCUGCAAGCGGUCUGGGUAUCCUAUCCAUCAGUUUCGACUGGUCCACUACGGUUUCCUUCCUUGGUUCGCCACUGGUUGUUCCCUGGUGGGCUAUUGCAAACAUCACGGUUGGCUUUGUCGUGAUUGCCUGGAUCAUUGUUCCGGUCAUGUACUAUACCAACGUCUGGGACGCCAAGACUUUUCCGAUCCUUACUCCUACUCUGUUUGACAGCCAGGGCGAGGUCUGGAACAAUUCUAGGGUUCUCAAUGAGGACAAGACCCUUAACUAUGAAGCCUACGAAGAGUACGGCCCGAUGCGCAUGUCGACCUUUUUUGCAUUCACCUAUGGAAUCAUGUUUGCGGGCCUGACGUCUGUCUUGACCCAUACGGUGCUUUACCAUGGAAAGGACAUCAUUGACCAGUUCAAACGAUCGCGCGAAAAGGACGAUGAUAUCCACUGUAAGCUGAUGCGUGCCUACCCCGAAGUUCCUUCGUGGUGGUACUACCUUAUCUUCUUGGUCUCGUUUGGCGUCUCUUUUUGCGUGAUCUACGUCUGGCCAAUUGGUUUGCCCUGGUGGGGACUUAUCCUGGCCAUAUCACUGCCUGUCAUAUUUGUGCUUCCCAUUGGUCUCAUUCAGGCCGUUACUAACCAGCAACCGGGUCUUAAUAUCAUUACAGAACUGAUUAUCGGCUACGCUCUUCCGGGCCACCCGAUUGCCAAUGUCACCUUUAAGACCUACGGAUACAUUUCGAUCAACCAGUGUCUGACAUUUGUCAGUGAUCUUAAGCUAGGACACUAUACCAAGGUCCCUCCUCGAGCCAUGUUUGCGGUCCAGUUUGUCGGCACUUUUCUGGCCGGCAUCAUCAAUCUGGCCACGGCGCAUUGGCUGAUGAACACUACCGAGAACAUCUGUACCCCAGAGGCCUACCCAUUCACUUGUCCCAGUGCACGCACUUUCUACUCUGCUUCGAUUAUCUGGGGUACGAUCGGACCCAAGUUGAUGUUUGGCGGCAAAUCGCCCUAUGGUGUCCUGAUGUGGUUCUUCUUGAUCGGGCUGCUGAUUCCGAUUCCCUUUUGGCUGCUCUCGCGAAAGUACCCCGACAGCUGGUUCAAAUACAUCCAUUUCCCACUGAUCCUCAAUGCGACUGCGAUGAUGCCCCCCGCAACACCCAUCAACUUCUCAAUGUGGUCUUUGUUUGGGUUCAUAUUUAUGUUUGUGUUGCGCAAGUACCGCAAGAACUGGUGGACCAAGUACAACUAUGUUACCUCGGCCGCGUUUGAUUCCGGAUGUGCUAUCGCUGCCCUGAUAGUGUUUGCGGUCGUCAAUGGAUCGAACUAUAGUCCCAAAUGGUUUGGAAAUGGUGGCUAUGGUGACAAUGCCACCAUUGACAAUUGCCCGCUUGCUGCUUCCAAUGGCUAUGGUUACUGUGCCACUUGUUAA